AGAAAAAGAAAAAACUCAUUUUCUCCAAUAGUAAGAAAAAAAAACUUAAGACGUACGGUGAAAGUUUAAGCAUUUUAACUAUAUUGCUACUUUUUACCUGCUCUCAACUCAUUAUAGUUUCAAUCAUCACAAUAUAAAACAUACCAAAAUCCAUAGCAUGAUACUUCUUAAGACCUUUUACAUGAUAUCCAAUAGUAAGAAAAAAAAAACCUAGUUGAUCUUAUGACACACAUGAAAACAAUCAAAUAAAUCGAGCCAUACAUGCAUAUUAGGAGAUUCACCUAGCUUUACAUCACUCAUUUCUUACACCUCUUUUGUUACAAACAAUAAAUUCGUUCUUCCAAAUGUGAUUUAUCAAUUUUAACCUGACUUAUCACGAAUUUAGCUGAUAAUCCUAUUCUACUUCCAUUUAAUUGGAUAAAGAAUCUUUGCGGUGGUAUUCUCAAGGUGGGCACUCCAACAAAAAUGGGGACAAGCACUCGAUGCCAUUGUUUCAAACCUUGGUCGUCUCUGAAUUUUCCUUAGCAGCUUCCUUUUACAGAUAAAAUAUCAAUCAACUUUUUAGAUUUGAAAAUUUGAAACGAAAGGCUUAGUGAUUAAAUACCAGUUCAAAAUAAAUUCAUUUUACAUGGAAUUGUACCAUGUGGUGCCGGCAUGGAAUAGAUAAAAGAUAAAUAACCAUGGGCAUUUUGUUUAUCUCUACCUCACAUUUCCAACUUCAUUAAGAAUAUGGCAAUUUUAAACAAAAUAAGAAUAUAAAAUCACAUCCACAAUUACUAGCUCGGUCCUCUCUCGACGUCUUUCACACGUUUCUAAUUCUGUUUCAACUCAAUCAUUAUCUUUUAAGUGAUUUAUCGAAUUCCAAUUUUCAAUAACCAAAUAAGCAACCGGACGUAUGCUUUAAAUUUUUAAUUGAACGCAAUAUACUUGUACACAUAUUCUUAUAGCCCAAUUGAAAAACGCACACGUUACUCGUGAGUGGAUCAAGCCAACAGGUUUGACUUGAAUAGGGUGAGGUCCAAAAGAAGAUAAGGCGAGGACUAAAAACAUCUGCAACUGCUCCUAGUCAAUCAAUUACUAAUUAAUUAAAGAUUUCAUGUUCAAUUUUUUCUUGCUUGGUAACAGAUUCAUGUUCAUACUUGUUCAUAGAGAUUAGUUCGUCGAUCCUUUUAUGCAGCAGAAUAGCAUCUUUCAUUCCAACUUCAUUCCCUUUUUUCACUUUCAAUUCAUGUUCAAGAAGGUUUCUAUGUGUCAUGAAUUCAUAAUUCAAAAGCCUUUUGGACGUUACCUCUAAUAGUAAGCCCAGGCACUUCAUUCCCUUCUUUUCUAUUUUUUUGCCUAAAUCAUCUUUUAUUUUUUUGAAUAUUUUGCAUACUUCUAUUUUCAUUGGUUUACUGACUUUUCAAGAGCUGAAUGAUAUGCCAACAAAAUUGUAAUAAAAAAAUGGCCCGGAAAAGAACUCAAGGAUAGUGUACAAGUAUUUCAUAUAUCAUUAGUAACUUAAUACUAACGUGUCAUGCUCAUUUGGUGUCAUUUAACAAAUUAUAGCUCUAUUUUGUGGACAAUAUAUCAAUCGAUAAUUUAAAUUUGAAAGUUUGAAGUGAACAGCUCGGUAACAUGGUAUCAUAAAUUUGUCCUAUUUAAAAUUAUUGGCAUGUGGGGCCAGCACGAAAUAAAUAAGAGAGAAAUGACAACGACCAUUUGUUCAUCUCUACCUCGCAUUUCCAAUUUCAUUAAGAAUACUUUAAAUAAAAUUAAAAUAUUAAAUCACCAAAUUUGAACCAAAACAUAAAAGAAGUGAAGCAACCGACCUGAAACGAAUAGAGAAGCAACAUUCACACAAAAAGAGAAAAGAACAUAGGAGAGAGAGAGAGAGAGAGAGAGAGAGAGAGAGAGAGAGAGAGAGAGAGAGAGAGAGAGAGAGAGAGAGAGAGAACAAAAAAAAAUCAAGUGAAUCAUGAAAUUUCAAAGACUUUGGACAUUCUUUUUUUUUCGUUGUUUUUGUGAGCGAUCAUGUUACUAAAGAUACAGUUGACAAUUUAUGUCGUGUCAUAUUAAUUGUGUCAUGUCGAGUUAGGAUAUAACACAAAUAUGGCAAAACCUGAACAAGAAAUGUUUAGUAAACGCGUUGAAUUGCCACAAUACAAACACGACACUUUUAAUAAAGAAGGUCAGAUGACACAACAUGACAAAUGCGAUUAUUAAACAUGUCACCAUAUGAAAUGUCAACAUGACACCAUGCAGUAUGCUAACCUGUGUACAUGCAAAAAGACACAACACAUUGCGUUACAUCUAAAGCAAAGAGCAACAUUGCUCCCCGUGAUAUUCUAAUUACUAGUGAGACGCAGCCUUUUGUAUUAACAUUAAUCCUAUUUAAGAGUCAUAAAAUUUUAUCACACAAAAAGCCCCAAAUUUCAAACAAACUAAAGCCAUAAAUUUCAAAUUCUAAAAAUUAAGAAAAAAAAAAAAAGCAAACCACGAAAGAAGAGAGGGAAAGUUAAAAUCAAUAUAUGUUGGGAUACAUGUUGGGUGGAAAUGAUGUAAAUGGAACUUAAUUUCUUUGAUAGACUUAAUUAUCCUUCAUUUUAUUCACUUUUAAAAGGAAGUAAGGCCAAUUUUGUAAGAAAAGUGCAAUUUUUGCAUUACCUCUCAUUUCUAUGCACUUUUAGAAAGAAAUAAAAUGUGGGCCCAAAAGGAAGUAUUUCCCUUUCAUUUAGAAUGAUUUUCAUCGACUUCCUUCAUAAUUUAAACAGCUGAGUAAUUUGAAAAUUUUUCGUCGAUUAAUAGUUUAAUUUUACAUAUCAGCGAUGCUUGAAACUUGAAUCCUGCCAAAUUAAAAACGUGAUUGAUAAAAAUUUCCUCCAAUUAGGAAAGUGCACACAUCUAGAGGAUGAGGUUUAUUGGGCAACAAUCAAACGACACUACAUAAGUUUGGUCAAUGGAAAUGCGAUUAGACAGAAGGGGUUGUGAAAAUGAGGCGGUGGAGAUAGUUAGGGUUGUUUAUAUAUUAGGCUAAAAAUAAUAAGAGUAAGGUCUCGGAUUAUGAUAAGGAUUAGGCAUUGUGUGAGCUUAUAUUCAGAAGAAGAUGCUUCCAUGGAUUUUGUACAUAAUUUGAAUAUCUUAGGUGUGAACUGAAAGAAUCUGUCUUUAAAUAUGAUAGACGUGCGUAAAGUUAUGUAGUUGUUCAAAUGUGUUUUAAGGAAGUCGACUAAUUACACUUCAAUAUGUUUAAUUUCAAAUGUGUUUCUGAAGAAGUAAAUGAUGGGGGCUUUUUGGGGGCCUCUUCACGGCCACCUAAUAUUCCGCAGUGAAACAACGUCAGCUAACUCAACUGAAGGCCUUUCUCAGGAACACGAACCUUCUUCAGCAUUGCCUAGGGGGGAAAUUGACGUCCACGUUAUCCAGAGUGGACCAAGCCAACAAGCAUUUGCAGAAAAGCAUCCUAAAAGGAUAUUUCAUUGUUCAUCAAUCCUUUUAAGCAGCAGAAAAGCAUCUUUUCGUUUUAACUUUCCCCCUGAGAUCACCAUGGACAAAGGGCAGAGUCAGAGAAAGAGAGCAGAGGAAGAGAGCAUUGAGGGAGCAUCCACUUCUUCAUUCAUCUCUCCGGUACCCACAGAUGUAGGCAGCGGUCAAUACGACGUGUUCUUAAGCUUUAGAGGCUCGGAUACCCGCAAGGCAUUCACUGAUCACCUCUACCAUAGUUUGAUCAAGGCAGGGACUGUACCGAUUUGCGUGUUCAGGGACGAUAACAGCAUACCAAUUGGUGAGGAUUUUGGAUUAGAGAUUCUUGAUGCCAUCACACGGUCUAAAAUUUCGAUCCCCAUCAUCUCUGAAAAUUAUGCUUCGAGCAAAUGGUGCCUCCGUGAGCUCAUUCAUAUCAUGGACCGCAAGAAGAGCACAUCACACAUAGUGUUGCCCAUCUUUUACAAAGUGGACCCAUCAGAUGUGCGGUAUUUAAAAGGAAGUUUUGGGGAGGCAUUCCAUUCGCGUAAAAAGCAUUUUGAUGAGAAGGAUAUUCAGGAAGGGCAGCGAGCACUUAGAGAAGUGAGUGACUUGCAUGGAUGGGAAUCCGAGAAAGUUGCUAACGGGCAUGAAGGAGAAUUAGUGGAAAAAGUUAAGAAAAAGGUUCUGAGCGAGUUGCAACAAGAUUUUCAUCUUGAUGUUAGUAAGCGCUUAGUUGGAAUUGGUGAUCAUGUGAGCAAAAUCAGGAAUUGGGUAGACACUCCUACCACUAAUGCUCGAAUGAUUGGAAUCUAUGGCAUGGGCGGGAUCGGAAAAACGACACUUGCCAAGGUAAUCUAUAACCGGCUGUCGAAUGACUUUGUGCAUCGCAGCUUCCUUGCAGAUAUUCGAGAAACAGCUUGCCGCAACAGUAUUCCUUAUUUACAAAAGCAACUAAUUAAGGAAAUUCUGCAAAUCGAACUUGAAGUUUGGAAUGUUGACGUUGGAAUUAAUAUAAUCAAAUCAAGAUUCAAAGGAAAAAAGGUCCUCAUUCUUCUGGAUGAUAUAGAUGCCAACGAUCAACUAGAUGCACUGGCUAGGGAGUGUAAUUGGUUUAUGGCAGGAAGUAUCAUCAUUGUUACAACUAGAAAUGAAGCCGUUCUUGAUCAAUCUGAAUUCGAGGUAGUCUACAAGUAUGAAUUGAAUGAAUUGGAUGAGGAGCAUGCUUUGCUUCUGUUUAACAGACACGCAUUUCGUACGGACCAUUCUUUGAGGGAUUUUGAGGGUGUAUCUCGUGAUAUCAUAUCCACCAUGGGUGGGCUUCCCUUGGCACUUGAAGUCGUUGGUUCAUACUUGUAUAAAAAAACGAAUCGAAAAGUAUGGGAAGAUGUGCAGAAGCAAUUAAAAAGCCAACCACAUAGAGAUGUCCAAAAGAUAUUGCGAAUAAGUUACGAUGCAUUAGAAGAUGGACAUAAACAUAUUUUUCUUGAUAUUGUUUGUUUCUUUAUUGGAGAAGAGAGCAGUAAGGAAACGCGCAAGUAUGCCAUGUACAUGUGGGAGGACUGUGGGUUUUAUCCAAGUCAAGGAAUUGAAGAGUUAAAGUUGAGGUGCUUAAUUAAAAUUGGAGAUAAUGGUAAGUUUAUGAUACAUGAUCAACUGAUAGAUCUUGGAAGGAGUAUUUUUUGCCAAGAACAACUGCUUGAGAAACGUAGUGGGCCAUGGGACCGCGACUACAAUGGAAUCACAAGAGUACUAGGACAUCGAUGGGUAAAAUAUGCACUCCUUUCUUUUUCUCUCCCUCUUAUUUUAAUAUAUUUAAUAUGAUCUAUCCUAAUAUUU